AUGAUGAAACUCUUCAUUGCCUUGUUUGCAUUGGUGGCAGUUGCCAGCGCCGAUGUCAGCCAUUUGCUCAACACUGAAUAUUUGCCACCUCAUCAAGGUGCUCAUUCGGCACCUGCUGUAAGCUAUAGUGCACCAGCUGCCACCUAUCAUGUUGCUGCUUCAGCUCCUGCUGUGUCAUACUCUGCUCCUGCUGUCACUCACACCUACUCGGCUCCAGCAGUUUCAUACUCUGCUCCAGCUGCCACCUAUCAUGUUGCUGAAUCGGCUCCUGCUGUAUCCUACUCUGCCCCAGCUGCCGUAUCCUACUCCGCCCCCGCUGCUGUAUCUUACAGUGCCCCAGCUGCCACCUAUGAAACUUAUCAAGCUUCCGCUCCCACUGCCACUUUCUCGGCCAGCGAGGGCUAUCGUUACAAGACUAACAAGCGCAGCCGCCGUCGUCAUCGUCGCGAUGUCAGCACUGAAUAUUUGCCACCAGUAGCUUCAUACUCUGCACCAGCUGCUACGUAUGCUGCUCCAGCAGCUGUAUCUUACUCUGCACCAGCCGAUUCUUACUCUGCUCCAGCUGCUGUGUCCUACUCUGCCCCAGCUGCCGUUUCUUACUCUGCUCCAGCUACCGUUUCUUAUUCCGCUCCAGCUGCUACUUACUCUGCUCCAGCCUAUGAAUCGUAUGAAGUUGCCGGAACUGCUCCAGCUCAUUCUUAUUCGGCUGCCGAAGGCUAUCGUUACAAGACUCAACGUCGUCGCGUUGUUAAGACUUCUCGCCGCCACCGUAAACUCUUCAUUGCCUUGUUUGCAUUGGUGGCAGUUGCCAGCGCCGAUGUCAGCCAUUUGCUCAACACUGAAUAUUUGCCACCUCAUCAAGGUGCUCAUUCGGCACCUGCUGUAAGCUAUAGUGCACCAGCUGCCACCUAUCAUGUUGCUGCUUCAGCUCCUGCUGUGUCAUACUCUGCUCCUGCUGUCACUCACACCUACUCGGCUCCAGCAGUUUCAUACUCUGCUCCAGCUGCCACCUAUCAUGUUGCUGAAUCGGCUCCUGCUGUAUCCUACUCUGCCCCAGCUGCCGUAUCCUACUCCGCCCCCGCUGCUGUAUCUUACAGUGCCCCAGCUGCCACCUAUGAAACUUAUCAAGCUUCCGCUCCCACUGCCACUUUCUCGGCCAGCGAGGGCUAUCGUUACAAGACUAACAAGCGCAGCCGCCGUCGUCAUCGUCGCGAUGUCAGCACUGAAUAUUUGCCACCAGUAGCUUCAUACUCUGCACCAGCUGCUACGUAUGCUGCUCCAGCAGCUGUAUCUUACUCUGCACCAGCCGUUUCUUACUCUGCUCCAGCUGCUGUGUCCUACUCUGCCCCAGCUGCCGUUUCUUACUCUGCUCCAGCUACCGUUUCUUAUUCCGCUCCAGCUGCUACUUACUCUGCUCCAGCCUAUGAAUCGUAUGAAGUUGCCGGAACUGCUCCAGCUCAUUCUUAUUCGGCUGCCGAAGGCUAUCGUUACAAGACUCAACGUCGUCGCGUUGUUAAGACUUCUCGCCGCCACCGUAACUAAGCAGAAGAAGUUCCGAUAUUCGAUGCAUACCUAAACGAUACUCAAACAAAUUAAA